UUUCAUAAAACACAUUUAUAAUCGAAAACGAAUAAAAAUGCAGUUUUAAUCGUUGAUGUACGUUGACGAAAGAAGACAUUUUAUGUUUACAAAUAAAAUGUUUUCAAGUGCAAAAAUAGUGACUAUACUAUAUCCACUCAUUAUUGUUAGUGCAAGUGCUCAACGCUGUAUAUGCAAACAAGUAUGCAUAAACAAGGAACUAUCGAAAAAGUGCAUACAUCACACCGAUUUGAUUAUAAACAACGUCCAAUUAAGUGCUGCAAAUUUCGAGGAUAUCGAAAAUGAUACGAUUAUCAAUCUCAUCGAACUGAGAUUAAGGAAUAUCAAAACCAUCGAAGCCAACACUUUUAAAUAUUUGAAAGUGAAGAACGUGAUCUUGGAAUAUAAUUACAUUUCUGAAAUCGCUUCAGAUUCGUUCGCAGGAAUAUCAAAAUUAACGAAUUUACAUUUGGAUCAUAACGUGAUUGAAACGCUGCAACCGAAUUCGAUUCCCGCAACUGAAAAUCUGUAUUUAGAUUACAAUUCGAUCGAGGUGUUGGAUGGAUCGAUGUUCGUUUCGAUCUCAACAAUAUCUAUAUUUUCAAUAACGAAUAAUAAGAUUGCUGUUAUUUCUUCUAACACGUUCAAGAAUUCUAGAAUGACGCAUUUAUAUUUGAGUUUCAAUCGGUUUGUGAAUAUCAAAGAGGAGUUUUUUUAUGGGAUGAAAGGGAUAUUAGAAGAAAUCGAACUGGAUGGUAAUUAUAUUGAAAUGAUUGAACGGAAUUCCAUCCCAGGAGCGAAAAAAGUUAAUUUGUACAAUAACUCGUUGGCAUCUUUAAGUACGCGUUAUUUUAAGGAUAUUUCUUCAUUAAUGUACGUGGAUGCACGCUACAAUUGUUUGGAUGAAAUGGUCCAGAAAGAAUUUAAUAGUGAAACGAUUGUAGAGUCUAAACUAAAGCGCGAUAGUUGCACUUUGCACGUUGCUAAUUUCAAUAUAGAUUCCCAAACGAUGCAUAUAAUUUAUUUAAUUCUUGCAAUUAUUAUAAUUUUACUUUUGAUCAACAUAUUUAUCUUGUGUUUAAUAAGACUCUGUGCCAGAAGGUCUCAAAAUCAGGUAACCAACGUUCGACAGUUUUCCGUCAUUUUAAUGGACAGAAAAAACAUUAGAAACGGACGUAAUGCAAAAUUCGAAGAGGACAAUUAUGGAUACGUGACGCCUGUAAAUGUACAAGAGAUUGAAACAACCUACGACAAAAUUGGAUGAUGAUGUUGAUAUCUUACAUAAUCCCGACAAUCAAAAUCCCGACUGUAUCGAAAU